AAAGAACAGAGUCACAUCAUCUUUUCUAUGAUUAAUAACAUUAUGUCCUGUGGAGAUAUUUGUUCACAGGAUUUAAGGUCAGAGGGAUUUACUGAAUUUUUAAAAUGUUUUUAUAAUUAUCGGUAAAAUAUCUUGAAUCGUGUUUAUUUCGGCCUCGACAGUUGUCCCUGAGUUUCCCAUCAGGAUCAUUGAAUUUAAAUGCAAUAAUUGAUAAAUGUAACUGAGUGUUUAUACACGUUGAUCAAAGCUUCAGUAGAAAUGAGAGCUGACUUGGAUGCAGAGAAAAGAACAGGGAAGUGGAGAGAGUUCCCUUAAACCAGCGUCAUGUGGCUGAAACUGAGAAUAAAGACUUCUGUCACACGCACCGUGUCCAACACUGUUGUCUUCUUAGUAUUAAAUACACAUACACCACAGGGUAUUAGCUACAGCUAGCUGAAACUAUUGUUGUUCUUUUGGAGGUUUGUUUUUCUGUUGAACUUUAUUGGUUUGUAUUGAUGGGUGUAUCUAAUUUUUUGUCCACCCCAUUUAAAUCAAUGAGGGUGAGUUAAAGAGCCGAGAAACCUUUCUGUUUAUCAGCAACACAAACAUCCUCUCAAAGGAUCACGCGGCUGAAUCGACUUCUCUAAAACGCAACGUCAUAACCUUCAAGGAGUCAAGGAGUCAAGGAUUAUUUGUCAUUAUGAAACACGAGGAUGCACAACAUAAUUCAUUUUUAGCCUUUUUACAACACAAACAAACAAACAAACAAAACGCAAACUGUAGAACAUCCCUGUAGAGCAUUUGUUGAGUUUGCAUCAUACGGAAUGUAAACUAUGUAUCUCUAUAAACUAUACAAACAAAAGAUGGCCGACGUCUUCACUUUAAAAAGUCCACAUGAGGGAAACAUUGUCCUUCAUCUCAGACUGUGUGAGCACCACACAUCAUGACGUAAGCAACGGUCACAAAGGUUGUUUUCAUACCAAUAAACAGCAGGGUGGUUGCACAACAACAACAACUGUAUGACAUGUGGAUGAAACAAUGGGAGGAAAGCAGCUGCUCUGCUGUCAGCUGAUACUUGUAUGUCUUUGCAGACGGUGGUUUUGUCUCUUUAAUAUCCUUUGAGCUCUUUGCAGGCACCUCACGUCACCAAUAUCAAGCUGAGUCUAUUCUCGCCGUAGUGAACGUGGUCGUUCACCUCUAAUUUAUUAUCUCUUUCAUUUUACAGACUAAAGAUAAAUCAAGAAUGAAAUAGUGAUUUUUAUUAAUUAUUUUUAUGUUUUAUAGACGAAACAUAAAGCACAUAUUCCUCUGGAUGACUAACGAUCGGCCCGUGUGCUCUGCAGGUCUCCGGGCGGCCCUCCUCCUCUCGGCGUUCUUCAUGCUGCUUGGAUCGGCUGUGAGGAGCAUCCCUCUGAAGGAGCAGCCUCUCAGGAGAUGGUUGAUCCACGGAGGUCACUUCCUGAACGGUCUGGCGGGCCCCACCAUCAUGAGCUCAGGCCCCUUCCUCUCCACCACGUGGUUCGCCCCCGACCAGAGAGCCACCGCCACGGCCGUGGCCUCGCUCUUCUGCUACCUGGGCAGCGCCACCUCCUUCCUGGUCGGCCCUCUGGCGGUGCCGGCCCCCAACCUCACCGGGGCGGCGACCACCGCCGUGGCGGCGGUUUCCGACAGCUCCAUCCGAGACCGGAUCCAGCUGGUGAUGUAUGCAGGUAUUGACAGCUCGGAGGAUCGAUAGCACAUUGUUUCUUACAUCAUGUCGAAGGACAACAAAUACAGUCAGAAAAAAACAAUUAUAAUGUUCAUAACCGCCCCUCGUGGAAGAGUGGAUUUCUGUUACGCUUAACUGAUUCAGAAAUGUAAAAGAGAAACACAGCGUAAUAGAUGGAGGCUGCAGCUCUUGUUUAACCUACAGGGGUCUGUAGGUCUUAAUGUCUAAAGGACAGCGUGGACACCAGCACUGAUGUCUAAAGGGCGGAUCAAUGAGCUGUAAUGGGCAGUAAUGGGAUCAAUACGACGUAAAGACAGACAAGAGAUGUUCACUGCAGUGGAGUCAGAGAGCAAGGGCUUCAGAUGAGGAACGCACCCAACCAUCAUUCAUCAAUACUCUGAUCAUUCAUCAAUACUCUGAUCAUUCAUCAAUACUCUGAGCAUUCAUCAAUACUCUGAUCAUUCAUCAAUACUCUGAUCAUUCAUCAAUACUCUGAUCAUUCAUCAAUACUCUGAGCAUUCAUCAAUACUCUGAUCAUUCAUCAAUACUCU